AUGGCAUUUAAGGUUUUAUACCUCCUUCUCUUCAUAUGCCUUGUAUUCAAGAUCCAGUGCAUACUGAGUGAUUCCUUCUUUGGGACAAGCUACAUCAAACUUCCUCUUGAAGAGAAUACUGCGGUGUCAGAGGUUAGCAUACGCUUUCGAACAAGCCGCACCAAAGGACUUCUCCUGUAUGCCUUUAGCCAGGACAGUGCUCUUGUAGUGCGACUCAGGGAAACCAAGAUUGAGGCUGUACUGUUCUUUGGGGAUGAUGAAGUCACGCUUCUUUCUCGGAGGAGACCAAAGCUUAACAAUUUGAGAUGGCAUCAAGUAGAGGUGACAUUGUCAGGGAGCCAAGGCAUUCUCUAUAUAGAUGGAGACCAAAAAGACUCAGAGAGUAUACCCAGAAACACUAUAUAUGCAGAAAAUAUUUAUGUUGGUGGAUCAAAUGACCUAAAGAGUCCCCAUUUAUCAGGUGUGGACAAAUACUUCCGAGGAUGCUUGGAGGAUGUCACAGUAGGCAAUAUCAAUGUUAUAGCAGCAUCGAUUAGCACCUCUGGAGGAGUCUAUCAUGAUAUCACUCGGGAAUGUAGCGUUGAGUUUGAAGCAGGCAUUGAUGAUCCCAUCAGCUUCGUCAAGGAAACUGCCUUUGUGUCAUUUCCGAAAUGGCACAUCCAGGAGGAAGGGUCGUUUGCCUGUUGGAUUCGCACCUCAGCACCCACUGGCCUUUUGAUGUUUAGUUACCAGGAUAGCAAUUUCAUAGCAGCAGAGAUCGAGAAUGGUCAUAUACGGGUCCUUGUCCAGACAGAAUCAUCUAGUACUAACUCUGUUGCAGUGUUAUCUGAAAAAAGUGUAAAUGACAUGACCUGGCACUUUGUUAUAAUAGAUGUUGCACAGGAUUAUAUAAGAAUAAGUGUUGACUACGAUGAUGAGCAGUUUGCCUUGUCAAGCCCUUUUGAGGAGCAUAUUGAUUUCUUAGGAACAUUGUAUGUAGGUGGAGUCAUCCAUAGAGGUAGGUCUUUGGCCUUCAGUUCAGAUCUAUCUUCGAUCACUCAUGCCAGUAUGGGAGGCUCGCUUAAGGGCUGUCUAAGAGAUAUUGAGCUGAACGGAGUCCAGUUUGCUCUUGGGGACUCCCACGCAACACAUGGAAUUCUUGUUGGAUGCCUGUAUGAAUUUCCUUGUUCUCUGGAUCCGUGUGGAGAAAACAGCAGAUGCAUGGAGACCGGUCUUUCUGACUAUAAUUGCGAGUGCCUUGGAGAUGCAUGCCCUACCUCUCCCAUGAUAAAGCCAACAUCGGGAGGAAUUGUUACAACUGCUGCUGCUGCAUCUACUACAACUGAAACGAUAACUACUUCAGAACCAACUACACCAGAACCAACCACUACCACUUUCCAAAUUCUUACAGUAGAUGCAUUGUCAGUGAUGGAAGGUGGAGGUGCUCUGAUGACAACGGUUAACAUCCGUCUGAAUGUUAACCUCAGGGAAUAUAAUCUUCGACAGUCACAGGUGUUGUUCAAGAUGGCCCAGUACCCAGAAUUUGGAGUGAUUGAAAAAGAUGUUCUGAGAAAAGGAAGUUCCAGAGUGCAGUUCACUUUCUUGGAUUUACAAACGGGUAAAAUCAGCUAUGUCCAUGAUGGCUCAGAAAACUUUAAAGAUCAGGUUAUAUUUGAUGUCGUCUUCAGUGGAAAACAAGACCCAGUUCCAGGUAUUACAGAAGAUUUCAAUUUCACACUGCCCAUCAGAAUUACACCUGUCAAUGAUCCUCCUGAGAUAGCUGUUGCAGGUGACAAUACUUUUAGGAUGAUCAGAGAUACAAGAAGAGUACUGCGGGCAGAUUUUCUCCAAGUCAUUGAUCCAGACAACCUUCCAUCAGACCUGAUUAUCACCAUAGUGAGUCAACAAGGCAAUGUAGGUUAUUUUGAACAUGGAGGAAAUCGUGGCGAAAGCAUUACAGAAUUUACCCAAGAGGAUAUUGAUGAGGGCAGCAUAGCAUAUGUUCACACUGGCCCUCUUCCAAAAUCCAGGAUUGUGCUAAGAGCUGCAGAUGAUGAGGCUAAAAGUGGACUGGCAUCAUUUCGAAUUGAGUCUGCUGAACUAGCUCUGGAAGUUGCCAACCUUACAGCAGUCAGAACUAAUCCUUCUGCUUCACAGAUCAUUAAUCUUUCCAAUCUUAAUGUGAUUACCAAUGACCCAGAGGAUAUGUUUGAAGUGACGUAUCAGAUUACUACUCCACCAAGGCUUGGUGAAGUACAAAAGCUUUAUCUGUCAGGAGAAUGGGCAGAUUCAAAUGAGUUCAGUCAAUCAGAUAUGAUUAUGAAUCAUGUUAGAUAUUCUGCUUCCCGGGCUACUGAAGAAACAGAAGUGUCUUACGAUCAGAUAGGAAUUACUGCGAGAAGUGAGACUGUCAACAAGCCAGGGAUAUUUCUUCCCAUUCAGAUUGUCGUGACUUCUGUUGAAGUGACUACAAACACUGGUAUGGUGUUGGAUGUAAUCAACGAGGGGUUUAUCACAUCUCAGAACCUGUCAUCGGAAGCCACUCAUGUCCUGGAUGGCUCGCCCAUAUUAUACCAGGUAGUACGACCUCCAGUCAAAGGUGACAUCAUGAAGCAUCUUGUUGGGAAAAUAGCAGAAAGUCAGACCUUUUCUCAAGAUGAUAUUGAUGCUGGUCUCAUCACCUACCGUCUCAAAAACAACUUUUAUACUGCCUUCAAUGACACUUUCAUUUUCCGUGUCACUGUAUCCAAUGCUCAAACCAGCGCCAAAGAAUUCAUGGUAACAUAUUUUCCUGACUCCCAGCAGGUGGCUGUCACUAAUAAUGGCUUUGUUGUUCAGGAAGGAGGUUCACACACCUUGGUAGCCUCGGAUUUGUUUUUAGAAUCAUCAGCCACAUCAGACUUUUCCUAUACAAUCACAUCAUCUCCACUGCAUGGAAGAUUGCAGAUGAUAGAUCCUGCCCCAGGUAGCAUAGUUAUUCAGAAUGUGUCAUCUUUUCUGAAUUUAGAUAUAACAAGAGGUGCACUCCAAUAUGUUCAUGAUGAUUCUGAGACACUGUAUGAUUAUUUUGAUGUAAACGCAUCCGCCUCUUUUAACGAUAGAUUUGGACGUAGGAAACAAGCCAACUGGAUGGGAAGAAUAAACAUUUCAGUCGAGCUGCAGAAUGAUAAUACACCUAAACGUGUCAUUGACAAGGUGUUUAAUGUCAUAAAGAAUGGAAGGACUGUCUUGACUGGAGAAGAUAUCUUGUACACUGAUGAAGACUCUGAUUUCGAUGAUGAUGAUCUGAUAUAUACCCGCCAGAAAAUCAAUGCAGGCGAUCUUGUGAAGACAAACAACCCAUCGGAAUCUCUCUUGAAAUUCUCACAGAGGGAUCUCCUUGCAGGCAAAGUCACAUUUAAACACCAAGGAGAUGUUGAGCAGACACGAAUGCUAUUUCUCGUCCUUGAUAAAAAUAGGAAACAUUACGUUGCUGGUUUUCUGCAAAUCCAAGCGAUUGAGUCACAUGUCAGUGUAGCAGUCAACACUGGUCUUCAGGUUGCCAAAGGCGAGGAUGAAAUCAUUACCAGUGCAAAUCUAACAGCAGAGACAAAUGUCAAUGUCAAGGCUAGAAAUAUUGACUUCCAGGUUACAUCAGGCCCUAUGUAUGGUGUUCUAAAAGCGGAAGGGGUUGCCAUCCAACAGUUCACACAAGAAAGCCUUGAUAGUGGUGCAGUAUCUUAUCACCAUAACAACCAGAGCAGUGAUGUCGUUGAUUCCUUUAAUUUUACAGUAUCUACAAAAGGACUUGAAAGUCAGGGUGAGUUUGUAAUUAGGAUUCUAGUUGCAAGCAAGGAGCAGUUGCCAACAGUGGAGAAAAUGGAACCUGUUCUGAUGGAGGUAGGAAAGGAAGUAGUCUUUACUAAGUUGAACUUAAAGAUUUCUCACCCCAAUCACCUUGCAACAGAGAUAGUAUACAGGGUUAUCUCACCUCCCAAGUAUGGAGAGUUAAGACUAAAGAAUGAAUAUGGCAUCAUCAUCAAGAGAUCGCCACCACUUGAAGAGGAGUCAGAACGGAAACGGAGGGAGACUGUUGAUUCUGCCAUGACCUUUACUCAACAAGAUGUCAGCAGAGGACAUGUGAGCUACAUACAAACAGAUUAUUCACAGCUUAUUGAUGAAUUUUCCUUUGAAGUCGGUAAUGGUUAUGUGAUCCUACAGAACCUAACAAUGACCAUUGACAUUGCUCCAGCAAUUGUUCCACUUGACGCUCACGAUUUCUCUGUCCUCGAGGAGCGAUCGAAGACCAUUACAAAGGAUAUUAUAAGGGUUGGACACCCAUUGUAUGAACCACUUCACUUCAGUGUCCAUAUUUUGAAGAGUCCAUUGCAUGGAAUCAUUGAGAACACAAGGCAACCAGGUGUUAACCUGAAGUCCUUCACAACUCAAGACAUUGAGAAUGAAUUUAUCUACUAUGUCCAUGACGGGUCAGAGCAAGCGAGGGAUCGCUUCACGAUCAUGUUUAACAAUUCUGAGGGGAAGCAAAGUGAUGCUCACACCAUCAACAUCACCAUUAUCCAGAUAAACGAUCAGCCACCGACGGUUGAUGUCAACGAGGGGCUUGCUGCAAUCAUGGGGGCACUUACUCCUAUAACAAAUGCUUCCUUGAGUGCCUCUGAUCCUGAUACACCAGAUACUAACUUGACCUACACCAUCACCAAUCCAGGAAAUGGCAUGUUGGUGUACUGGAGGAGUAAGGAAGAAUCCAUUCUCUCAUUCUCUCAGGCCGAUAUAAACACUAGAGAUGUUCUCUUUGUUCAUCAAGGAUCAAGAACUGGUGGGUUUCGUUUCCAAGUUACCGAUGGUGUUCAUACUACCCAGCAGCAGAUCUUCUCCAUCAGAGCGUCCCCUCUUCUCCUGGUGCUUGCGAACAAUUCCCAGCUAACAGUAACACAGGGAACUAUUCAACCACUCACAAUGGAGCAUUUGCUUGUGGUGACCAAUGGAGACCCUCCUACUGAUCUUAGUCGACCAAUCACAUAUGUCAUUACUACCAACCCUGUUAGUGGUGAGAUCGUGAAGAUUCUUUCCAGGGGUUCUGCAGCAGCGGACACCUUGAGCUAUUCAACAAUAUCAGUUUUUACCCAGGAGGACAUUGACAAUGGUUUGAUAGCCUUUAAACAUGAUAAUUCAUCCACCCUUUCAGAAGACAGCUUUCAGUUAAAUGUCUUUCUCCCACUUUCACAAAACCUUUCAAAUAUUAUUUUUGAACUCCACAUUCCAUUUGAAGCCUCCCCUACAACUCCUUUGCCUACUUCCACUACCAUGUCUGUACCAAAUGUAACAAUGUCAAUUGAAGAGGAUUCAGGAAUCAUCAAUACAGGGGUUGAAGUAUCUGAGGGAGAGAGUGUGACAAUCACAGCAUAUAACCUUGAUGCAAACAUCCUUUUGGAAGGACUAUCAGGGUAUGUACAGUAUACAGUGACAAAAGCACCUAAACAUGGAUUUCUCAGCUUAUCUGGAAGGAACAUAACUACUGGAGGUUCCUUUAUCCACAACGAAAUGUCUACACAGGAGUUGGUGUACACCCAUGACCAUUCAGAUACACUCAGCGAUUCCUUCAACUUCUCGGCAUCCAUUAAAUUAUUUGGACCAGCAGCAGCUUCUGCGGAAGGAGCAAUAACACCAAGUGCAGAGGGUAUCUUCAAGGUAAAGGUCUUGCCUGUCAAUGAUCAGACAUUCGUUGUUGUGACAGCUUCCCUGAGGAUGUCUAUCGUACAAGGUGAACAUGUUGUAUUCAAUGACCACUUCCUCAACAUCUCAGAUCCAGAUAAUCCACCAUCAGAUCUCGAGUAUAAGAUCAUACAAGGGCCAACCAAUGGAAAGAUUGUCUUCAUUGACAAUCCCGGUGUCAGUGUCAAGACUUUCACGCAAGACAAUAUCAACAGGGACCUGCUGCAGUUCAUCCAUGAUGGAGGAUCAACCCUUGGAGCAUUCACAUUCAGAAUCAACGAUGGCAAGCACUAUCAGAUCAAGCAGUUCUUCAUUGAUGUUGUGCCACGUGAUCUCACCUUGACUGCUGUGGCACCUCUCGUUCUUACUCAAGGAGACUCCAUGGCUAUCUUGUCUUUUGAACAUUUGAACAUAUCCAGUAAUGGCAAUGCAUCCACUUCAUACUACAAUAUCACAAGUCCAGCUAGCUUUGGCGAAAUCAGAAUGAAUACUGUCCCAGUGGUGCAGUUUACUCAGAGUGAUAUUGAAUUGGGAAUGGUAGAAUAUCACCAAACUGACAUGGCAUCUGAUCAAGACAAUCUCCAACUGACAUUGUUUGAUGAUUACAAUGUUAUACCUGGUAUCUAUCUUAAUAUUACUGUGGAACCCUUGAUUGAUAUAAAUAGCAUUGAAGCAUCAAGUGGAAGCGAUGCACCAAUAAUGAAAUCAAAUUUAGAUGCGACAUUGCUAGCGAAUAAGACUGGAAAGUUACCCUUUUUUACCAUCCUUGAGGCUGCAGAAUUUGGACUGGUUGUUAAUACGACCUCAGACGAGGAACUCCAUAAGUUUUAUUUCCAUGACCUUGAUAAGGGAGAUAUUGUUUACAGGGCUGAACGUUUAGACAUUGCAGAAAAUGAUACUGUAGGUGAUAACAUCGCCUUAUUGCUACAAACUGAGGGGUCACAACCUGUGAGUGUAAUUGUUGGAGUUGUUAUUGGGCCUGCAGUUAUAGAGAGCACCACCCAGCUUUCAACAACAACAGAGGCAACAGUUAGAAUAAAUACAUUUGACCGCGGGGAACUGCCAAUCGACAAGCCUUUUGAAGAUGAUGGUUUAACAACAGAGUCAACAUCUCUUGAGGGUGGAGGUCCCAGUGCCAAAGCCGUUGAUAACAAAGGAUCCUCAUCCAUCAUAUACAUUGCUCUUUCAAUUGUGGCUUUCUUUGUCAUUAUUGUAAUCAGCAUUAUUAUUUUCAUUCUCUGGAGGAGGCGUCAUCGAAAGAAAGGGGAUGAGAAGCCAGUCCCCCCACCUCCUAUACAGGAGAACCUACCAGAGACAGUCACAUCAGCUCCUGUUAUAGCUCCAGAACCGUCUCAGCCUUCCCAGGCCACGCCCUCUGAGAGAUCAUACGAUAGCAGUGCAGUGACCCAACCAAUGAUUAGAAGGCCAAUUCAGAGUCCCAUGGUUCCACAGGUCAAAGUAACUCCCCUGGGAAGGCCCCCAUCGCCCGUCAACUCUUAUGCAAGCCUCACCUCUAAUGGAACCUUCCAAUCAUUUUCUAACUGGACAGGGUGUGACCCAAAAAUGGCUGCUCCUCACCAGACACGAUCAAAAAGCCCCACCUUGAAGAAAAGUCAGUACUGGGUUUGAAUUUGUGAGGAGUUUUUAUCUGAAUGAUAUUGAGCUAUCUUUUAUUUAUUUGUAUAUUUUUACAUUGUAAAUUAAUUUAAUAGUGCUUUUAAAGUGCUUAAUUAGAAUGGUGCUGCAACAAGUAUUUAAUGUUUUUUAGGAGCCGGAGUUCAACUCAUAUUCAUGUACAUAUUAUUGGGUCCCAUGCUAUCCAAAUGCAAAUUUAUACCUGUUGAUAAUCGUUUUACUAUACAUCUUAUGUUCUGUUAUUCAAAUAUCAAAACACAUUUAACAAAUACACAACUUUUCAAGUACCCCCCUCCCCCUGUCCUAUUUCACUCGGUUGGAAAUGCAACAUGAGAUAGCUACAUCGGACUAGUUGCCAUGCAGGCAGAAAGAUGAAUAUUUACUAUUGUAAAUUUGUUACAUGUUUUGCUUUAGACUUACAGUUACACCUAACCCUUGAUGUAAAUAUAAUCAACUAAUCACAUAAUUGUUUAAGAUUGGGUAUUAUAUGUAUUAAACAAUAAUAAUAAUAAUAAUAAUAAUAGUCAGUUCUUGAAUAGCGCAUAACACAUUAUAAAUAACGUCUUGAUGCGCUUCCAAAGGACUUGGAUAUUAUUACCCUGGCUGUAGCUCAAGCAGCUUUUACACGCUCUGAAAUCACUCGAGCAUUCUAUACAAUCCACAGGACCCAAUGUGCACAGAAUUGAAUGCGAGACGAUUUCAUGUAUUUCUCAACCAAUCAGCCUGGAUUGCUAAUUAGGAGUAUACAGAACCUUGAAAUUGUGUCUAGCUUCCCAUAAACUAAAUUAUCCAUUGAUGUACAGUGGAAUGUUUUACUGUCAUAUGGAGGCCUAUUCUCCAAUUAUGCCUUUGGAUAAAACAUUUCUGUUUGAUUAUUAGAAAUUUUGAAAACCUAGAGUUUAAGCUUUGAAACCUCAUACCAAUUUUUUUGGUAAAGACUAAAUUGAGUUUAAAUUGGCUUGAAACAAUAUGAACCUUAAGAGAAUGGGUCUUGUACGUAUGAACAUUGCGUGAUUUCCAAUUUUGAAUGUGAUUUGCAAAUUAACAUGCUUUUAUUGUCAAAAAAAUGUUUACAAGUUUGUCAUUUGACAAAACUUUUAGUUAUCUCAAGCUACAGUUUGUCACUUUAAUGUGAUUUUAAGGACGUUUUGCCAUAAUCAUUUAUUGUUCCAAGAGCGUAGUAGUCAUUGAAUGCGUUUUUCUCAAAGGUCAUUUAGGGUCAGUGAACUAUGGCCAUGUUGCGGGUAUUAGUUGAAUUGCCAUCAUAACUGAAAGUUUAUCGAUAUAGUUCAGGAAACUAAACAAAAAUGUUAUUAAGUAAAACCAGAAUGUAGUCAGAAUUGAAAAUCUCAUUAUUUCAAAACUUUUGGAUAUAUUGAUGUAAUACGAUAAUAAUCCUAUGGAUGAAUUAUUUUCAAUCGUAAAUAAUAAUGUAUCAUGAAAUAACUUGCUUUCACAUCCAGUAUCUGAGCUUAUAAAUGUAAAAACAAAAGCAUACCAGAUAGUGAAAAAGUAUCUGAGAUAACUGGUUCAAACUGACUGUAGCCUAUUGGCUUUAAGAUUUAGAAAAUCCCUGAAGUGUAAUGAAGGAAAUUUACUGUUAUGAAGAUUUCUUUCUGUAAAUUGAUUUUGUACUAUUAUGUAUUUUAUAAAUACAUCUAUUGUUUCCCAAAGCAUGUCCCCACUACUCAGGUGGCCACCUGUACCACAUAUUUUGGUGUAUAGUAAGAUAUGUAUUCUAGGGGCUCAAUAGGUGGGGUGGAGGUCCAGAAGAAAUCUUAAAAAAAUAGGUGGUCUUUAUAGACUUCUAGCAUUUUCCAGAAAUAUUUUUAUCAUUUAGGGUUAAUUUAGAAAUCUUCCUUAACAAUCUUGAAAUUCAGAGUCAUAAUUUUGCCAGCUUUUUUUUCCAGACAUCUGUCAUAAGAGGUAUGGCUUUCCUGAUUUGAUUUCCAAAAGGCUGUGAUACUGGGGAAAUUUUGAUGACUUCCCUUCCAAAAGCUAGUUAUAGGGGUAAAAAAACUUGAAGAAAAAAAAAUGUAUGUAUUUCCAUCUUUAAAGGGGGUAUAUCUCAGAAUUUGGAAUUAGUUGACUCCCUUAUCCCUUAUUAAACUGGGGGGUCAAUUUGACCCCCCCUUGACAAGUUUCAUCACUUCACCAUCGCGCAAUUUUUUUUGACCGCGCCGCUCUCUGACUUUUUACUUUCAAGUCUUGCGCAUCUUUUGAGAUCAAGUUUGCGAUGCCCGGGUACGCAGUUCCGAAAUUAGGCAACAUUUUGUAAGUGAAUGUCAGACCCAAAAUUGCUCAAAAACGUGAUUCCGUGUACAAAGUCGAUGCAAAUCGUGUUUUUUAACCAAAAAUCAUAAGUGUAUGAUUAUUUUUACUUUUGUUGGUUUAAAUGGAUUUAUUUUAUGCUAUUUAUGAUCGCAAAAGGAUCCCCGACAAAUUUCAUCGGAAAAAACGAUAAAAACAGGUAAAAAAAAGUUAUAAAAUAAAACAAAUUUAUACAUAAGAAUUUUAACAACAAUUAAAUACAUAAGAAAUUAUAUUUUUUGCAAUUUUUUUGUAGAUAUUUGUCCGAAAUCUUAGCAUUGAUACUCUCACCCAAAAUUAGUAUUCUACUAGCUAUAUAGGCCAAAAUUGAGUUAAAGCAAAAACAUACACAAAACCUCAAAUUUAGGGCAAAUUUCAUACGCUUAUUGCAUGAUUAAUAAAAAAAUAUUAACAAUUUGUUGAAAGUUUUACUAUACAGUCUUAUAGUUUACAUUCGGCCCUACGCGCGUGCAAAUUGUCGUGGCGAUCGCGCAAUCAGCGGCCGAGAUCUGAGAGGGGGGUCAAAUUGACCCCCCCCCCAGUAUUUCCUGGUCUGAAAAAGAACAGGGAGGGAAAGGGUUGAUUGGUUACAAUGUGCAGAUAAAUCCAUCUUAUCUCUUUAUCACUUGGGACUAUAGAAAUAAGUUUGAUUUGGUAGAAACUCAAUUUAUAAUUUGGUCUGCUUCAACUAAAAAAAAAAAAACCCCUUUUAUUUUGCUCAGGGGGAAGUACACCUAUAGGCAGACCUAACAAUAUUUGCAAUUUAUUUAUUGAUCUAAAGACUUCUCGACUAAGAAGGGAAAACACAGUUGAAUCAUGGUUUGCGAAAUUAUGCCUUCAAAAGUCCUUGAAUUCAUACAUGUUAUAAUGUAUUCUUUCCUCAAAUUCAUUGGGAAUUCUUGAAAAUCCUGUAUCCUUGAUAAAUCUUGAAUUGUAUUUUGAAUUAUGAAAUUUUGAAAAUGUAAAGAAUAUCUUUGCAAUAUAAAGUGUACGUAAGAUUUUACAAAAGGGCAGCAUAUGGUUUCUUCUAUAUUGUGACCUUGAUAUUUAUAUAUAUGUGUUGUAUAUUGAUGUUCAAAUAAUCCUUGAAAAAUGCUGGAGUAUAAGCUCAUUUGGUGAUUUUAAGUUUGGUGUUGAAAGUGUUAAUGUCGAGCAAAAUUUCAAUAGAUGUCGAGCCUCAAUGCGCUUGAAUAUUUGUAAACUCAAUGGCCUGUAUUCUGAACUCGGGUUUAAAUCAAACCCUGGUUUAAAGUUGUGGUUUAAGUAUGCAUGGAGAGCUAAUUCGGGCACAUAUCUGAAACAGCACACAUCCAAUUAAAAAAAUAUACUGAAUUUCAAUUAAUUGAAAUAUUGUAAUUGCCAGGAAUAUGGAAGAAAUUUAUGAAGCCCCACAUUCUUAGAAGUGUGUAAAAUUCUAGUUGAGACUAUGGUUAAAUCUAGGUUUAAUUGCCAAAAUACCACCGAUUAGUUGGAGCUAGGCGAUGCAAUCAUAUGAUGCUCUUGACACUAACACUAACACUGGACUUCAUCAAUAAUUUUGCAGGUUUUAAUCCUGAAUAUUGCAGAUACAGUAAAAAAAAUGAUAUAUGUUUAUGUCAUAACUCCAUUUCAGUAUGUAUAUCUAAUGUGUUGCAUGCUCUGUAAUAAUGUUCAGUACUGCUGUAAAUAGAUGAAACAUUAUUUUUGUAUUUUAGCUUGAAACAAUUUUGUAUUCAGAAAUUGCUAUAGACAUGAAUUGUAAUCAAAGUUUCAUGAAAUGCUGUUUGGUAUAGAGCUUGGGGGUUUUCAUAAAGCUAUUUGCAAAGUUUUUUUUUUUGCAAGUCAUGGUCAAUCAGAUUUUGCACAUAAAUUGAAGUUGCAAUGUGCCAGCGUUCAAUAACAUUUUUUACAUUACUGUUGUAAACUGAAAAGUGUGCCACAAUUCAACUCAAAUUAUUCGAGAUUAGUUCUUACUUUGCAUCGGAGAAAGGUUGAACUUUAAAAAUCACGUUUUGGCUCCACAUCCUUAAGUCAUUAUAUGACUUUACAGACAGUAUUAUGAAACAAUACAUUACUGUUGUAAACUGAAAAGUGUGCCAAAAUUCAACUCAAAUUAUUCGAGAUUAGUUCUUACUUUGCAUCGGAAAAAGGUUGAACUUUGAAAAUCACGUUUUGGCUCCACAUCCUUAAGUCAUUAUAUGACUUUACAGACAGUAUUAAGUAAAAAUAAUAGUCUAAAAAUUAUGUUACGGUAUUGCAUAAUGCUUCAUGCUAUUCCAUUGUAGUGUUUCCCUUUCUAAUUUGUCUCAAAAUAUUCCCCUGAUAUAUGGUUUCCUCCCGGGUUUCCUGGCUGUUAAAAAAAAAAAAAAAAAAUUAUUCAGUCUUCCUCCUCUGAACUUUAUCUGUAAUUUUGUAGAUUAUUGAAACCCACUCUGAGUGUAAUAAUUGUCCUUGUAUCCUCUUCAUCGUCCUUUUGAUUUGAAAAGUUUGAAACUGGUUCCCUUGAUUCAGACCUGCCAACCAGUAAGUUUUAGCCGUAUUUAGUACGUUUUUGCAACCAAAAUACGGCAGUACGUUUUUUCUUUGAAAAAUACGUUUUUUGUAAAAAAAAAUAAUAAUCUCUAUAUGUCUCUAUUUCAUAAAACGUGCACAAAUAUGGUUAUUAGAUCAAUGUAGAUCAUUUGACAAUUGUAGAAGCAUGGAUCUACAGUGCGUCCCAAAACAAACUAUACACUUAUGAAAUGGCUGCCAAAUAAAAAAUGUAGCACUUUGGGGGAAAAAUACUUACAUAUAUGGAAAGCCAAUAAAGUCAACUUUCAAAUGACACCGAAAAGUUGGAAAACUAUUCAUGCUUGAGCGAGCACUGCCCACUGAAACAAAGGGUAUGAAAAUUAGGGUGGGCUGGAAUUAGCCUUCCAAUUUAUGUAAGUUUUUGAGAGGCAAAUCCUUUCGAACUUGCAAAGUUAAGGGCGAUGUGAAAAAUUAAUGAUCAACCAUGACCAGUUUUGGUUGCUUAAGCAAAUUUUGUAAAUUAUUAAAUUGAAUUUUAAUGCAUGAGUGAACACAAAUUACACUUUUUGGGCAGCAUUUCAACUUUAUCAUUUGGAUCUCUUUUUGGGCAGCAUUUCAACUUUAUCAUGUGGAUCUCAGCAAUGUGUUCAAGGGAGUCGGGAGAAUAGGGGAUGAGAUAGGACUUAAGUGAGAGAAGUAGGUUGAUAGAAUAAGGGUCAACAGAACAUUCAGUCCCCGCCCCUCCCUCUUUCCCACCCUCCCCUCCUGUUGAGAGAUUGAUGGCUAUUGUCAUGUACGCGUGAAGUCCAGAGCAGAAUGUCGAUUUAAUGAUUAAUUCUGAAUUGGGACAUCAACUUUUUCCUAUCAAUCAUUUAAUCAACAAUUUAUCAGUAAAUCAACUUAUUCAAUGUGCAAUGUGAUCAAACAAACAUUCAGUUUUUUCAAUAAAUUAUUUCAUUAAUCAUCAUAAUCAUUAAAUUUCUUGGUAAUCAUUGAAAAAAAAUGACCAUCAGCCACCGGUCACUUGGCAGUUAAAUUUUGAAUAGGCUACAAUGCAGGAAGUGAGACAGAGAGAGGGGGGGGGGGGGGCUGGGAAAUGGAGGUGGAGAGGGGAGGGUACAUAUGACUUUUAAUUUGUAAAACGAAAAAAAAAGAAGAGGAAUGCCCUUUUAACCAAGUCUUAGCAUAUCUCGCCCUCUUGCUUGUAACGGGUACCAUCACAUUGCUCUGACUCUCACGAACACACUUCUGAGGUUCACAAGAUGAAUAUGCUACAAUAAAAUUACAAUUCCUGUUCACUCAUGCAUUAAAUUUCAAUUUAGUAACUCAUGAAAUUUGCCUAAGAAACCAAAACUUAUCUCACUCAUUAAUUUAGCUUAACAAGUUCCAAAGGACUAACCACUCAAAAAAACUGUAAGGCUAGUUCCUGCCCAGCCUAGCUGAGCUUAGUCUCUCAGGAGGAGAGAAGCGGGGGGGGGGGGGGGAUUGAGAGAGGGGUUGCUAAAUGUUCUGUUGACCUUUAUCCCAUCAACGUACUUCACCUACCUAAGUCAUAUUACCCCCUCUUCUCCUGACUGUCGUGAACACAUUGUUGAGAUCCACAUAAUAAGACAAAAUGCUGCACCCAAUUCAUGAUCACUCAUGCAUUAAAUUUCAAUUUAAUAACGCAUUAUCUAGGAAAGUGUAUGCAUAUGUCAAGAAAGAGGCAAUAAAGUGAUUGUCUAUUAUUUAUGAUCCCAUUUUUCAAAUUUUCCUCCUAAUAUUCCAGAAAUACAUUGCUCAUAUUGUGUAGAGAGUGUUUUUCUCUUAAUGUUAUUGAGGUCAUUAUGUGUGUGCGGAAGUGUGCGGAUCAAAUAAUAACAUAUUUCAUUUCACAAAAUCGUCUGCUUCUUGAUUUUGCUGCUUCAAAUCAAAAGCAUGUUGAUUGAAAAACAUUUUCUAACACGGCAUCAGCCAACAAAACCAGGAAAGCUGUGCCUUUGUAAAUAAUCAGAUACGCCUUGGUAGUCGCUGUUGUCAAAACACCCGUUUGUUCUCAUUAACAUGCACAUAAUCACUAGGCGGCGGAUCUCAUUCGAUCAAAGAUAUGAUAGCGUUGAAUGUCCAUCUCUAAUACGUCCAUGGUAAGGUAGAUCAGGGGCAGCGGAACGGUUUUGAAGGGGGGGGGGGGGCUGACCAUGCAGAAAAUCACAAUCAGAUGGUCAUUUUUACGUUUGUACAUUGUUUUAGAAAAAAGGGGGGGGGGGGAGGCGCUGAAGCCCACCCAGCUCCCCCCCCCCCCUUCGCGGCCCCUGAAUGUAGAUGGCAGAGGUGUAAAUGUGUGCAGUUUAAAAGCUAUCUUGAUGUUACAUGAAGUGGAUAUGUAAAUGAUUUUGUAUAUCACACAAUAUAUUCUCACUAGGCAAAUGUACUUAGAAUCGCAAGCUCAAUCCAACUUCUAGCCAAUCUGACAAGAGAGUCGCGAUGCGUACAUGAUGUACAAUGCGCAUAUGAAGUAGGAACAGUGUUGCAUGCUCUGUAAUAAUGUUCAGUACUGCUGUAAAUAGAUGAAACAUUAUUUUUGUAUUUUAGCUUGAAACAAUUUUGUAUUCAGAAAUUGCUAUAGACAUGAAUUGUAAUCAAAGUUUCAUGAAAUGCUGUUUGGUAUAGAGCUUGGGGGUUUUCAUAAAGCUAUUUGCAAAGUGUUUUUUUUUUGCAAGUCAUGGUCAAUCAGAUUUUGCACAUAAAUUGAAGUUGCAAUGUGCCAGCGUUCAAUAACAUUUUUUACAUUACUGUUGUAUACUGAAAAGUGUGCCACAAUUCAACUCAAAUUAUUCGAGAUUAGUUCUUACUUUGCAUCGGAGAAAGGUUGAACUUUAAAAAUCAUGUUUUGGCUCCACAUCCUUAAGUCAUUAUAUGACUUUACAGACAGUAUUAUGAAACAAUACAUUACUGUUGUAAACUGAAAAGUGUGCCAAAAUUCAACUCAAAUUAUUCGAGAUUAGUUCUUACUUUGCAUCGGAAAAAGGUUGAACUUUGAAAAUCACGUUUUUUGGCUCCACAUCCUUAAGUCAUUAUAUGACUUUACAGACAGUAUUAUGAAACAAUACAUUACUGUUGUAAACUGAAAAGUGUGCCAAAAUUCAACUCAAAUUAUUCGAGAUUAGUUCUUACUUUGCAUCGGAAAAAGGUUGAACUUUGAAAAUCACGUUUUGGCUCCACAUCCUUAAGAAAGUCAGACAGAAUUAUGAAACAAUACAUUACUGUUGUAAACUGAAAAGUGUGCCACAAUUCAACUCAAAUUAUUCGAGAUUAGUUCUUACUUUGCAUCGGAAAAAGGUUGAACUUUGAAAAUCACGUUUUGGCUCCACAUCCUUAAGUCAUUAUAUGACUUUACAGACAGUAUUAAGUAAAAAUAAUAGUCUAAAAAUGAUGUUACGGUAUUGCAUAAUGCUUCAUGCUAUUCCAUUGUAGUGUUUCCCUUUUUAAUUUGUCUCAAAAUAUUCCCCUGAUAUAUGGUUUCCUGGAUCUACAGUGCGUCCCCAAAAAAAACUAUACACUUUUGAAAUGGCUGCCAAAUAAAAAAUGUAGCACUUUGGGGAAAAAGACUUACAUAUAUGGAAAGCCAAUAAAGUCAACUUUCAAAUGACACCAAAAAGUUGGAAAACUAUUCAUGCUUGAGCGAGCACUGCCCACUGAAACAAAGGGUAUGAAAAUUAGGGUGGGCUGGAAUUAGCCUUCCAAUUUAUGUAAGUUUUUGAGAGGCAAAUCCUUUCGAACUUGCAAAGUUAAGGGCGAUGUGAAAAAUUAAUGAUCAACCAUGACCAGUUUUGGUUGCUUAAGCAAAUUUUGUAAAUUAUUAAAUUGAAUUUUAAUGCAUGAGUGAACACAAAUUACACUUUUUGGGCAGCAUUUCAACUUUAUCAUUUGGAUCUCUUUUUGGGCAGCAUUUCAACUUUAUCAUGUGGAUCUCAGCAAUGUGUUCAUGGGAGUCGGGAGAAUAGGGGGUGAGAUAGGACUUAAGUGAGAGAAGUAGGUUGAUAGAAUAAGGGUCAACAGAACAUUCAGCCCCCGCCCCUCCCUCUUUCCCGCCCUCCCCUCCUGUUGAGAGAUUGAUGGCUAUUGUCAUGUACGCGUGAAGUCCAGAGCAGAAUGUUGAUUUAAUGAUUAAUUCUGAAUUGGGACAUCAACUUUUUCCUAUCAAUCAUUUAAUCAACAAUUUAUCAGUAAAUCAACUUAUUCAAUGUGCAAUGUGAUCAAUCAAACAUUCAUUUUUUUCAAUAAAUUAUUUCAUUAAUCAUCAUAAUCAUUAAAUUUCUUGGUAAUCAUUGAAAAAAAAAUGACCAUCAGCCACCGGUCACUUGGCAGUUAAAUUUUGAAUAGGCUACAAUGCAGGAAGUGAGACAGAGAGAGGGGGGGAGGGGGCUGGGAAAUGGAGGUGGAGAGGGGAGGGUACAUAUGACUUUUAAUUUGUAAAACGAAAAAAAAGAAGAGGAAUGCCCUUUUAACCAAGUCUUAGCAUAUCUCGCCCUCUUGCUUGUAACGGGUACCAUCACAUUACUCUGACUCUCACGAACACACUUCUGAGGUUCACAAGAUGAAUAUGCUACAAUAAAAUUACAAUUCCUGUUCACUCAUGCAUUAAAUUUUAAUUUAGUAACUCAUGAAAUUUGCCUAAGAAACCAAAACUUAUCUCACUCAUUAAUUUAGCUUAACAAGUUCCAAAGGACUAACCACUCAAAAAAAAACUGUAAGGCUAAUUCCUGCCCAGCCUAGCUGAGCUUAGUCUCUCAGGAGGAGAGAAGCGGGGGGGGGGGGGGGUUGAGAUUGGGAGAGGGGUUGCUAAAUGUUCUGUUGACCUUUAUCCCAUCAACGUACUUCACCUACCUAAGUCAUAUUACCCCCUCUUCUCCUGACUGUCGUGAACACAUUGUUGAGAUCCACGUAAUAAGACAAAAUGCUGCACCCAAUUCAUGAUCACUCAUGCAUUAAAUUUCAAUUUAAUAACGCAUUAAAUUUUCACAAACAACAAACUGAUCUUUAAUUUACCAAAUAACCAUCAACUUUGCAAGUACCAAACAAAAAAACCUGAAAGAAAUUGGAAGGCUAAUUCCAGCCCACCCUAAUUUCCAUACCCUUUGUUUCAGUGGGCAGUGCUCGCUCAAGCAUGAAUAGUUUUCCAACUUUUUGGUGUCAUUUGAAAGUUGACUUUAUAGGCUUUCCAUAUCUAUAAGUCUUUUCCCCCAAAGUGGUACAUUUUUUAUUUGGCAGCCAUUUCAAAAGUGUAUAGUUUUUUUGGGGACGCACUGUAUAAGAGAUGGACACUCAACAAAUAGUUAAUGAAUUCACUAGUAUGUGAUCAUCAUUGUGAUCUGAAUAACAUUCUCUUCAUAUUUGUCUCCUUUGAUCCUACUGUGUACGUUCCGCCGUCAAUUAGGCCAUGAGUAGAAGCAUUUCGUGAUUAGACAUUGAUAUUGCACAAAAUGUAUGCGCAGAAGAUGAUAAAUCACUUAAAUCAUGGAAAAUAGAUGUGCAGUUCUGGGUUACCUUUGGCAAUCUUAGUUCCAUGUGUUUUAUUUGGGAAAAUGUAUGCAUACUUCAAGAAAGAGGCAAUUUAAGUGAUAGAUUGUCUAUUAUUUAUAAUCCUUUUUUAUAUUUUCCUUCUAAUAUUCCAGAAAUACAUUGCUCAUAUUGUGUAGAGAGUGUUUAUAUCUUAAAUGUUAUUGAGGUCACUAUGUGUGAGCGGAAGUGUGCGGAUCAAGUAAUAUAUUUCAUUUCACAAAAUCGUCUGCUUCUUAUAUAAUUUUGCUGCUUCAAAUCUAGGAAAGUGUAUGCAUAUGUCAAGAAAGAGGCAAUAAAGUGAUUGUCUAUUAGUUAUGAUCCCAUUUUUCAAAUUUUCCUCCUAAUAUUCCAGAAGUACAUUGCUCAUAUUGUGUAGAGAGUGUUUUUCUCUUAAUGUUAUUGAGGUCAUUAUGUGUGUGCGGAAGUGUGCAGAUCAAAUCAUAUAUUUCAUUUCACAAAAUCGUCUGCUUCUUGAUUUUGCUGCUUCAAAUCAAAAGCAUGUUGAUUGAAAAACAUUUUCUAACACGGCAUCAGCCAACAAAACCAGGAAAGCUGUGCCUUUGUAAAUAAUCAGAUACGCCUUGGUAUAGUCGCUGUUGUCAAAACACCUGUUUGUUCUCAUUAACAUGCACAUAAUCACUAGGCGGCGGAUCUCAUUCGAUCAAAGAUAUGAUAGCGUUGAAUGUUCAUCUCUAAUACGUCCAUGGUAAGGUAGAUAAGGGGCAGCGGAACGGUUUUGAAGGGGGGGGGGGGGCUGACCAUGCAGAAAAUCACAAUCAGAUGGUCAUUUUUACGUUUGUACAUUGUUUUAGAAAAAAGUGGGGGGGGGGGGAGGCGCUGAAGCCCACCCAGCCCCCCCCCCCCCUUCGCGGCCCCUGAAUGUAGAUGGCAGAGGUGUAAAUGUGUGCAGUUUAAAAGCUAUCUUGAUGUUACAUCAAGUGGAUAUGUAAAUGAUCUUGUAUAUCGCACAAUAUAUUCUCACUAGGCAAAUGUAUUUAGAAUCGCAAGCUCAAUCCAACUUCUAGCCAAUCUGACAGGAGAGUCGCGAUGCGUACAUGAUGUGCAAUGCGCAUAUGAAGUAGGAACAGUGUUGCAUGCUCUGUAAUAAUGUUCAGUACUGCUGUAAAUAGAUGAAACAUUAUUUUUGUAUUUUAGCUUGAAACAAUUUUGUAUUCAGAAAUUGCUAUAGACAUAAAUUGUAAUCAAAGUUUCAUGAAAUGCUGUUUGGUAUAGAGCUUGGGGGUUUUCAUAAAGCUAUUUGCAAAGUUUUUUUUUUUGCAAGUCAUGGUCAAUCAGAUUUUGCACAUAAAUUGAAGUUGCAAUGUACCAGCGUUCAAUAACAUUUUUACAUUACUGUUGUAAACUGAAAAGUGUGCCACAAUUCAACUCAAAUUAUUCGAGAUUAGUUCUCACUUUGCAUCGGAAAAAGGUUGAACUUUGAAAAUCACGUUUUGGCUCCACAUCCUUAAGUCAUUAUAUGACUUUACAGACAGUAUUAUGAAACAAUACAUUACUGUUGUAAACUGAAAAGUGUGCCACAAUUCAACUCAAAUUAUUCGAGAUUAGUUCUUACUUUGCAUCGGAAAAAGGUUGAACUUUGAAAAUCACGUUUUGGCUCCACAUCCUUAAGUCAUAAUAUGACUUUACAGACAGUAUUAUGAAACGAUUCCAAGUUGCCUGCGUGGGGUUGUUUGUACAAAUAAUAGUUUAAAAAUGAUAUUACGGUAUUGCAUAAUGCUUCAUGCUCUUCCAUUGUAGUGUUUCUCUUUUUAAUUUGUCUCAAAAUGUUCCCCUGACAUAUGGUUGAUGUAUGGUUUCCUCCCGGGUUUCCUGGCUGUUUAAAAAAAAUAUUUUUAUUAAGUGUUCCUCCUCUGACCUUUAUAUGUUAUUUUGUAGAUUAUUGAAACCCACUCUGAGAGUAAUAAUUGUCCUUGUAUCCUCUUCAUCAUCCUUUUGAUUUGAAAAGUUUGAAACUGGUUCCCUUGAUGAUUUUACCUCUUCCAAUCCGCAUUUAUCAUUUAGUACAUGCUCCCACGCUUAUAUAUGAAUUAUUCUAAUAUUAGAAACAUACACUUUGUAGUACUUAUAUGUUCAUCCUGCUAGUAUCCUUCCACCCACUGGACAUGGUUGCAUAAGGCAUUGUGUUUACAGAUCAUCCUCUGUCAGUCGAGUACGAAACGGGGGAGGGCCAUGGAUGAUUUCACCCUCGUGUGCAGACAAAAUCGCAGCGAAAAUUUGCAGAAUUAAUGCUUAUGGGGGUAGCCAAAUUUUCUAAAGCUGCCCCAAGACCUGCAAACAAUAUCUUACAAAAAUUCAAAACAUCAACAUUUUACAAACGGCAUAAUGUAUGUUGAGAAAAAAAAUGUAUCCCUUGAAAUGGAAGAUAUACCCCAAUAGCUCUAAAAAAAAAUCAGCAAUAAGCCAGUUCAUAGUUCUAUUGUGUGCAUGAUCAGAAGAUUCUGUGCAUGAUCAGGAGAAGUUCAUUAUUUUGUACUAAAGUGACAUGGUGGUUUAAUGAAAUAAGCACCAACUUUGAUGUCUCGAUUAAUUCAUUUAGUAACUGGUAUUUCACAUUUGGCCAAGUACAUGUGUACAUUGUUAUGACAACAUGCUAAUGCAAUCAAAGUCGAAAUGCAACAGAUACCUCCAUAGAGUGUCAAUGUGUGUUCUAUUCUAGCCACUUAAAUGUACAUUGAUAUUUCUUGGUUCUGCCCUAACCAAAAUCAACUUCAAACUUGGCUCAUUUAUAAAUACUUAGUAUUAAUUGGAUAUUUAUCUGAUUACAUUUUAUACAAGGUCAAGGGUCACACUAGGUCAAUAAUUUCUCUCUUGCGAUGACUAAACGUCUGUUUGAGGGAUAAUUUAAACUCUGCUUUUAUGCAUGGGUGAGUUAGAUUUUUUUAGGUCAAUGGUCAUCAUUUGACAAUUGUAGAAGCAUGGAUCUAUAAGAGAUGGACACUCGACAAAUAGUUAAUGAAUUCACUAGUAUGUGAUCAUCAACAUCAGCAAAAUGCCGAAAAUUUCAUCAAAAUCGGAUAACAAAUAAAUAAGUUAUUGAAUUUUAAAGUUUAGCAAUAUUUUGUGAAAACAGUCGUCAUGAAUAUUCAUUAGGUGGGCUGAUGAUGUCACAUCCCCACUUGUUCUUUUGUAUUUUAUUAUAUGAAAUUAGGUUUAUUCAAAUUUUUUCCUCCAAGAACUAGAAAAAUUGGAUUGACAACUGAUUUAGUGCAUUAGAUAUUUAUUGCUGCAACUUAUUUCAUUUUAAGGGAGACACAUUAUUCACACAAGUAUGAAAUAAUGGAAAACUUAUGAUUUUAUGUAAUAACAUAAGAAAACGGAAAGUGGAGAUGUGACAUCAUCAGCCCACCUAAUGAAUAUUCAUGACGACUGUUUUCACAAAAUAUUGCUAAACAUUAAACUUCAAUAACUUUAUUAUUUGUUAUCCGAUUUUGAUGAAAUUUUCGGCAUUUUGCUCAGUGAAUUCUACUCUAUGUAUUAAGAUAUAAAUAUUUCAGCCCGGACCAUCCCUUUAAUCCAGUUGCCAAUUUGAAAUCUACAUAGUCUUAGGGAUCUCAAUUUCAAAGCAGCCGUAACUUUCUUAUCGCUUGUCCGAUUUCUUUUAAAUUUUCAUCAUUCUGUUUUCUUUCUUUUCUUCUUUCCAACACAAUAUUUAUGACCAAGGCUGGUGGGUUCUCCUUUAAUAUAAUCAGUUGGUGUAUUCUUUAUUGGAACCUGCUUUCUACCAUUAAUAUUACAAUUGAUUGAUGUAAUUGAAAAUCCUAAGCUUAUAUGUAAGGGAAUUAUGAAACCCCAAUAGUUUCAUACCUUAUUUAACAGAAUGAAAUAUUAGAAUAAGAUUUGUAAAUAGUUUGACCCAAGCGAGGGAGUAUAACAAAUGAAAAUGGCUACCUGAAUUCGGCAAUGUUAGGUAAGUUGUCAAUUCAUGUAAAACUAUAUGCCUAGAAUAAAUUGUAUAUUGACAUAUACUAUUUAUUACCCUCAAACUUUUCCUCGAAUCUGCAAUUGUUUAUUUUGUACAUUUCCUCUCACAGUUAGAUAAGUUAUUUAAUCUGAUUAUUACUUUCAUCCUCAUCAGUCUAUGCCUCCACCCACUUCGGUAUGUUUCCACGUGGGUAGUUAAAGGGAUGGUCCAUGCUGGAGAUAUUUCUAUCUCAAUAUAGAGUAAAAUUAACAAAGCAAAAUGCUGAAAAUUUGAUCAAAAUCGGAUAACAAGGCAAAGUUAUUGAAUUUUAAAGAUUUACAUUAUUCCGGUGAAACAGUUCUAGGCAUGUCUUUAUGAAUAUUCAUUAGGUGGGUUGAUGAUGUCAUAUCCCCACUUGUCCUUUUGUAUUUUAUUACAUAAAAUGAGGUUUAUUCAAAAAAUUUCUACCAAGAACUAAAACAAUUGGAUUGAAAACUGAUUAAGUGCAUUUAUUGCUGCAACUUAUUUUAUCAUAAUGGAGACACAUCAUUUACACAUGUAUGAAAAAAUGAAACAUUUAUGAUUUCAUGUAAUAACAUAAGAAAAGGGAAAGUGGAGAUGUGACAACAUCAGCCAACCUAGUGAAUAUUCAUGAUGAUGUGCAUAUAACUGUUUUCACAAAAUAUUGUUAAACCUAAAAAUUCAAUAACUUCGUUAUUUGUUAUCCGAUUUUGAUGAAAUUUUCAGCAUUUUGCUCUGUGAAUUUUACUCUAUUUAUAUAGAUAUAAAUAUUUUCAGCCCGGACCAUCCCUUUAAGAAGCCAUUUAAAGGAAACCAAAGUACAAGGAGAAAAUCUAUCAGAAAGAAUAAAAUUAGACUAGGAGCAAUCUAACACUUGUUUUUAUAAAAAUCGGUUAUAUAAGCGAGUAAUUGAAGUUUGAAAAACUCCUUUUGUACUUUUUAUGGGGAUCCUCAAAUUGGCAAACGUACUUCAAAAUGGCUGAUUUUGUGGACAACUCGUUUGUUAUGUAUACAGAUUUUCAGAUUUUCCUCAUCUUUCAAAUUGCAUCUUGCCCCCUUCUGAGCACAACAAUAUGUCAUGGGAAAAUAUAAGUCACACCACAUAAAUUAUGUCAAGGUCAGGAGGAGAUAAUGUGAAAUAUGUAAAAUAAAGGGGAAAAUCUAACUAAUUUGCGUACAAAACAAAUGGAGAGUUUUCCACAAAGUGCAUGCAACAAGACUUUUUUAAACGUCCAAAACUUGCUUAUUUCAUAACUGAUUGUGAUGAAACUUGUUUUAAAUUGUUCCUCUCAUUUUGCUCUUUCCAAUAAGAUUGAUUCUCUUCUUUGGUUUUGGUUUCAUUUAAUGUGAUGCUACCCCCGUAUAAUAAAGUUGAUGAAUGCAAAUGAUCUUAUAUCACGCAAUCAUAUUUUCACGAGGCCAAUCUGUAUCAGCGAGUGUAUUAUUUGGUAACUGUCUUAUCUCCACCCACUGUUAUGUAGGUGGUUGCGUUGAAAAGUUGUGUAAUCUAUUUUAUUAGAAGAAUAAACUGAGAAUUAAUCAGUGUAGUUUUCCAUACAAGAUGGACUGAUUGCAACAACGUUUACACUAUAAGUUGAAACAAAUGUUAUUGAUUACUGCCACUAGCAUUACUAGUUAGGUAUUAUAGAGCAGCCUAUUAUGGUUACCAGCGGCAGAUCCAGGAUUUUCCUAAAGGAAAUAUUUGACAAGGGGGAAAAAGGUCUUUAUAUACUUGUUUCCCCCAACAUUUUCCACUUACAAAUAUAUUAUGGCUUUCAAAGUGGGGUGGGGGCAUGGGCCGCAUAUGCCCCCCCCCCGGAUCCACCAAUGGUCUCUUAUGUACUUUUCAAAUACCAGUACAUUCUAUAUGUUAUGUUUUGUUAUGUACCUACCACUUAUCAUGUAGAGUACAUUGCUUGGAGUAUUUAGUGCGCAAUUCCUGCAUGUUACUGUAAAAGUCUCGAUAGAGGGGUCUCAUAUAAAUUUGGAAGAAAAAAAAUAGAUACCGGUAGUGGAAGGGGGAAGGGAAUGGGGGUAAGUUAGCGAAUCCAUAUAACCUAAAAAUCAUGCUAUAUAAAUGUAAAAUGUACUAUACUUGGAUGAGACAUAAAGCAAUAUGUUUAUGUGCCCCUCUUUGAUUUCUUUAUCAUUGGUAGUGAGUAGGCCCGUGGUGUUUCAAGACUCAAGAAGUUAUUCUUUGUAGGCCCUCAUUCAUAAAAGAAAAAAAAACAAUGUCAUUUUGUGUCUCUUAUACUUGAUUGCAACUCUGUAUGGCGAUUAUUGACUUGAAACUGUACUAAAGAUUAUUUAUAUCAUGUGAAGAUUAA